AUGCAAUCGUUGAUAUUCUCAAUAAUUUUUGUAUCCGCUUUUCUUUUAUGUGUACCAGCAAGAUCAAUAGACAAUGAUGAACUUGUUUCAAAAUUAUCAAGAAGAAACAUGGUUGAAUUACCAACUUAUGCAAAAUUAUUAACACUUUUGGAAAAUCGAGAAACAAAACUUUAUGAAAAUGAUGAUGACGACAGUAAUAGUGACCAAAAUAUCGAUGAAAUGCCACAACGUGCUAGUCGUCGACUUCGACCAUCGAAUAUCCAUGGACAAAAAUCUCAUUGGGAUACGUUUUUUGGAUAA